GCGCGAAAAAGUUGUUUGGCUGCUGCGGGAGGAGAAGGAGGAGCUGCUGCUGCUACGAUUGCUGCACGGAUGAAAGAGCGGGUCUCGUGAUUACUUGAUGCAACGUAAACGAUCUUUAGACGCGUCUGAAUGGCAUUCCUGAACUCCUGGACUGAGUUGGUUUGAAGAGUGGCAGAAAGGCAGAUAUAUCCACAGACACCCCUUCAAUUCACUUUAGGACAGAGGUACUAGGCGGAACAUGGCAACGGUCAUCCAAGAGACUUGUACACGUCAAACUUCUGGUUCAACUUCCGAUGUCAGUAAAAGACUGUCUUACCUACCUGAAAACUUAAAAGACAAACUGCUUUCAUUUCAGAAGAAAGGAAUUGUGUUUGCAUUGGAAAGAGGUGGCAGGUGUAUGAUUGCAGAUGAGAUGGGCUUGGGGAAGACGAUUCAAGCAAUAGCUAUAACUUACUACUACAAAAAUGAAUGGCCUCUGUUAAUAGUGGUACCCUCCUCUUUGAGGUACUCGUGGGUUGAUGAAAUGGAGAAAUGGAUCCCAGAACUUUCUCCAGAGGAUAUCAUCAUUAUUCAGAAUAAAACUGACACCUGGAGAAUACCUACAAGCAAAGUCACUGUGCUGGGUUAUGGCUUGCUAACUUCAGAUGCAAAGACUUUAACAGAAGCCCUGUACAAACAGAAUUUCAAAGUGGUGGUAGUUGAUGAAUCACACUACAUGAAAUCCAGAAAUGCAUCUCGUAGCAACAUAUUGUUACCUAUUGUACAGAAUGCCACUCGAGCCAUUCUCCUCACUGGAACUCCUGCAUUGGGAAGACCUGAAGAGCUUUUCAUGCAACUUGAAGCAAUUUGCCCACGAAAAUUUGGCACAUGGGCUGAAUAUGCAAAGAAGUAUUGCGACGCGCAUGUCAGAUUCUUUGGUAAAAGACGACAGUGGGACUGCAGAGGAGCUUCAAAUUUAGAUGAACUCCACCAGUUGCUAAGUGAUAUAAUGAUUAGGCGUCUGAAAAAUGAAGUUUUAACACAGUUGCCGCCUAAAAUCAGACAACGGAUUUCUUUUGAUCUUCCCCAAACUGCUGCUACGGAAUUAAAUGCUAGCUUUGAAGAGUGGGAGAAAUUAAUGAGAGCUUCAAAUUUAGAUUCUGCGGAAAAUGACUUUUUCCAGGUGAUGGGCCUAAUUACAAGCAUGUUCAAGCAGACUGCCAUUGCCAAGGCAGGAGCAGUAAAGGAUUACAUCAAAAUGCUGCUUCAGAAUGACAAACUGAAGUUUCUAGUCUUUGCUCAUCACUUAAGCAUGCUUCAGGCAUGUACAGAAGCAGUGAUAGAAAGCAAGGCUCGAUAUAUUCGAAUAGAUGGAAGCGUACCUUCAUCAGAAAGAAUCAACCUUGUCAAUCAGUUUCAGAAGGACCCAGAUACUAGGGUGGCCAUUUUGAGCAUUCUGGCUGCUGGCCAGGGAUUAACCUUUACUGCUGCCACUCAUGUGGUUUUUGCUGAGCUAUACUGGGACCCUGGACACAUAAAGCAAGCUGAAGACAGGGCGCAUCGAAUUGGACAGUGCAGUUCUGUGAAUAUCCAUUACCUUAUCGCAAAUGGGACGCUGGACCCUCUUAUGUGGGGAAUGUUGAAUCGCAAGGCCAAUGUUACUGGGACCGCACUAAAUGGCAAGAAAGAAAAACUGCAGGCACAAGAAGGUGACAAAGAGAAGUGGAAUUUCUUGAAUUUUGCUGAAGCAUGGAUCCCAAAUGAAAGCCCAAAUGAGAUAAAGAAUGAAGUUUUAUUCACUCACUUUGAAAAGGAAAAGCAGCAUGAUAUUCGUGCCUUCCUUUCACCGAAACCAAAUGUUGAAAAAAAGCGAAAAACUCCAUCUUGUGAUAAGGCUUCAGCCUUCAGUCCAGAUUCUUCUCAAGCCUCCAUUGAAAAGGACCAGGCAAAUGGUGGUUCUUUGGAGUCUGAGGAACUCAUUGAGGAGGAUUUGCUUUGUAGAGAAGCAAAGAGACCAAGAGCUUUAUUGCCGUCAACUCCAAAGAGCUCUCCUAAGAAAAGGAGGGACUCUUUGUUUGGAAAAACAAACCUUCCCGUUACAGAAGAAACCACGCAAGAAAGUUUUGGCACAUUAUUACCUAAUUCAAACAAAGGAUGCCUUUCUGAGGCAACCUGGCGCUGUAGUCUCUGCACUUUCAAUAAUAAUUCACUGCUGCCUUACUGUGAAAUGUGUGAAUCUCCUCGGAGAAAGAACAGUAUAAAGAACGAAAGCCAGAUCAGCAAUUCUGUUUCUCCGGGGAUUGGGGAAGAAAGCGCAGUCCGGGAGUUUAUAAACCUUAAUGAUGCAGGAGGGACAGCCCAUAAAAGUUGCCGGAGAAAUAUCCUAGAGCAACCACUGACUGGGAUGUCCAGUGGAACGAAGGAAGACAUAAAUGAGCAAUCUAACUCUGGUGAGCAAGAGCUCAGAGUUGGUAAGGAAAACUGAUUUCCUUCUGG